AUGUGGUCAUUCUUUUCGAGAGAUCCAAUAAAAGACUUUGCAUAUGAAAUAGGACCCCAGGUUGCUGAACUCAAUGAAAAAUCUCUCUGGUCCCUUCACCAUGGAAAGAGGAAGUCAAAUGGUGAUUCAGUGUCCAUAUUUGUUUAUGAAGGCAAAGCUGGAAAUGAUUCUCAAUUAAUGCUCAUCAAAGCUGCAUUCAAGAGAGUUAAAACAUUAAGACACCCAAACUUCAUAAUUUAUCUCGACGGCCUAGAAACAGAAAAAUCAUGUUAUAUAGUAACAGAGCCCAUAACACCGUUGAUAACAUACCUGGAUGAACAGUUGAAUGACGAGAAGGGGCCAGUUCAACAGCUCGUCAUAUCUUGGGGCCUCCAUCAGUUAGCUAAAGGAUUGAGUUUCCUGAUAAACGACUGCAACCUCGUGCACAACAACGUCAAUCUGUCUUCAGUUUUUGUUGAUCAAGCUGGGGAAUGGAAGCUGGGUGGCAUGGAGUACAGCCAGACGUGCGGGGGUAGCCAGGACCCCUUUACCCCCAUCAUUAAGGGACUGCCAUAUCUCGAGAAAUAUGAUCCUCCUGAAAAAAUUACAAAAAAACCUGGUGAAAAAUGGUCAUCUGACAUGUGGGGGUUGGGCUGUUUGACAUGGGAGGUCUUCAAUGGGCCCUUCGUUAAGAGCACCUCCCUUAAAAACCCCGGCAAGAUUCCUAAAUCACUAAUCCCUAAUUACUGUGAGCUCGUUGGGGCCAAUCCGAAAUCUCGACCCAACCCCAACAAGUUUAUCGAGUCAUGCAGAGCCCCAGAUGGAUUCAUGAAUAACAAAUUCGUUACUACAAUGCUUUUCCUUGAAGAAAUUCAAAUUCAAGAUAAUGAGGCCAAAGUUCAAUUCUUCAACGGCCUGACACAAAUAGUUGACCUCUUUCCGACCUCAUUUUGCAAGCAGAAGAUACUUCCACAGCUGUUGCACGCCUUCGAGUAUGGUAACGUCGGGUCGUCCGUUCUCGCCCCUCUGUUCAAGCUUGGCAAGCUGUUGAGUACAGAAGAGUAUCAAAAGAAGAUGGUUCCAUGUGUUGUGAAACUUUUCUCAUCAACUGACCGAACUACCAGGGUCAAGUUACUUCAGCAGAUCGAAUCAUUCGCCGAACACCUCAGUCCUCAAGUUGUCAAUGAUCAAAUCUUCCCUUCAAUCGUCAGCGGCUUCAUGGAUUCGAACCCGGUUGUCAGGGAACAAACUAUCAAGAGUAUGCUUCAUCUGGCUUGCAAACUGAACUACAAGAAUUUGAAUGAGGAACUUUUGAAGCAUUUUGCAAGACUCCAGUCUAAAGAUGAUCAGGGUGGCAUUCGAACUAACACCACCGUCUGUCUUGGUAAGGUGGCCUGCUAUCUCCACCCCCAAGUCCGCCAGAGGGUGCUGUCGUCUGCCUUUUUGAGGGCUCUUAAGGACCCCUUCCCUCCAGCGAGGCAGGCCGGCAUUUUGGCAAUGUCAGCCACCCAUAACUUUUUUACACUGCAAGAAAGUUCACAGAGACUGCUGCCCGCUUUGUGCCAGAUGUCUAUGGACCCUGAUAAAACUGUUAGGGAUCAGGUCUUCAGAUCCAUCAAGUGCUUUCUUGGAAAGCUUGAAAAAGUUUCUGAAAAUCCGGAUCUGCUUGCUGAGGUGGAGAAGGAAGUGAACGCGGGCGGAUUGGGAGCGACCAACACGUCCGGCUGGGCUGGUUGGGCAGUUUCUGGAAUGACAUCUCUCACUAGUAAGAUAUACUCAAGUAAGAAAGGCCCACAAACUACUGUCCCCACACCAAUCUCAGCUGCUGCUGCUGCUACCACUACAGCUACAACAGCUGCCACUUCAUCCGCUGUUGGUGCCUUAAAAGCCGCGAGUAACUCAACAAAGAAGGUUGAGAUUAAAAAAUCGAAUCCUGGUCAGUCGGCUAUUUCAAAAUCUACGUACAAAGACGACGACGAUGAAGAUGGCGAGGACGAUCGCAGUGAUUACGGGAACGAUGACGUCAUCGUAAAAGAUAAUCAUAAUCAUGGUACUGCUGCUGCUGAUGAUGAUGACGGUGAGGAGGUGGGGUGGGGGGACCAGGAAUGGGGGGAUAUGGAGGUUAGUUUGUGA